GUCACCUGGGCUGGGUUGUGCUAUGUGCUGCUGUUUGUGACUGUUCCUGCAACUGCAGCAAAAAGUAAACAAAGGGGGGAUGAAGUGUUUCGUUCGUUCAUGUGAGCAUAGUAACUAAAUAAUGACAUAAAAGUAUUCCAUGUUACUCAAUAAGUUUUUCUGUGAGUGUUGGCGCUCCAGGUGACGUGUUCAAUACCCAUUGUUAAUUUCGAAGCAUUGUUCUUGGAACAAAAGGCUAUUGAUUUGAAAGAAAUUAGGCGGGUAACGCUACACUUCUCUGUGUAAUGGUUUUGAAAGCUAACAAUGGGGAUCUUUUCCUUCAUGACUCUAUGCUGGCAUCAAAAUGGUUUUAGCGAAGUGCAAGUAAAAAAAGGUGACUGAGGAACACAAUCUAUCAGCCUACUGACGUCUCGGAUCCGUAUUGAGCAAAACGUGAAGCUGGUGGUUUCCCGUUCCAUCACAGCUGGGGUUGCCGUUAAUUAAAGGGGCAUCCGAGUCAACUCGGGCGCAUCAUGGAAGCGGGUCUGCCAUCUGCAGCGGAGGAGCAGAACUGUGUAAGAAUGAACACUGAGCUACCUGCAAACGCGCGACAAAAGCAAUCAGGAAUAUCACUGACUGGACACAAUUUCCAGCCAUGCCCAAUGGAACAUGAUUUUACAGUGGGUGGGGAAUUGGAUUGUGUGACAAUAAAGAUGGAGGAGAGUGACAAUUCGGAACAGGAGGAGAGUGAGAAUUCUCAACAGACCAGUGUAUCUGGAAAACUACAGAUCUCCCUUCCUCGGAAACAAUUUGAAGACGUUUCGGAAAUCGAACCAGCUUCCUCCCGCACCGAGGGUAGCCACAUUAACCGCCCAUCUGUGGAGCCGGAUUUUGUGUUUGUCGGAGUGAAGCAGGAGCCAUUGGAAGACCGAGAAGCCGACGAAUUCUUGCCACAGGAACCCGAGUGUAUUAUCGUGCAGGGAGAAGAUCUGUGUCACGACGCCUUGCAAACUGGAGCGCUACGACCCAGACAGGAACCCGAGUGUAUUAUCGUGCAGAAAGAGGUCGACGACGUGCGACCCAGACUUCUGGAAACCACACAGGUACACGAGAACGGGGCGCGGCAGAAUACGGCGCGUAACCCGGCAGGAGGAGCUGAGGAGGAGGAAAUGAUUCUCGGCCUGGAGCUGGAGAUGGAAUGGGUUCUUCCAGUCGGACCUGCCAGUGACGAGCCCUCGAGCGACCCCCUGGCUUCUGAGAGAGAAGUGAUACCCGACUCCACGAAUGAGGGAUUUUAUUCGACAGGGUGGAGCCACACGUCGGACGAGAACCGUCGGGCCGCUUCAGGAGAAGCGGAUUACGACCGUCCGGCUUUCGUUAUCGCGAACGGCGGAGGUCCGUCGUACAGUAGUUUCGUGUCGAGGAGCUGCAGGAGCGACGGGAGGGAAACGGUGCAGCAGGCGUUCAGGUGCGACUCGUGCUCCGCCAUCUUCUCGACCAAGUACCACCUGGUCAAUCACGUGUUCGUCCACAUCCGGGAGGUGCCUCCGCCGUCGCACGUGUGCAGGCGGUGCGGAGAAGUGUUCUGCGACACCGCGUCCCUCAUCGACCAUUCGAAGGGUCACGAGAAUAACCUGCGGGUGCCCGCGGUCUCCUCGAAGUGGAACAGGGGAGACUCCGGCAGACCUUCCAAACACCAGAAAAAGCGCAGGAUUCGGAAACGCCCCGACACCAAGCCCCACAUCUGCGACCUGUGCGGCAAAGCUUUCCCCCUCGUCGGGAGCCUGAAGUCGCACCAGCGGACGCACUCGGGCGAGAGGCCGUACGGGUGCGACCUCUGCGGGAAGACGUUCGUGCAGGCGGUCCACCUGCGGAACCACAGAGUGACGCACACGGCCGAGAAGCGCCACUACUGCGAGUUCUGCGGGCGGCCGUUCGCUCUCCUCCACACCCUCAAGGUGCACCUCCGGAUGCACACGGGGGAGAACCCGUACCGCUGCGAGAUAUGCGGCGAGUGUUUCAACUUGCUCGGGAAACUCAAGACGCACAAGCAGAUCCACACCGGGAAGAAGCCGUACAAGUGCGACGACUGCGGUAACUGCUUCUCCGCCCCGAACAGCCUGAGGCGGCACAGGCGGAUGCACUCCGGCGAGAGGCCGUACAGCUGCGACAUCUGCGGCGAGUCGUUCAUGUGGUCGGCCACCCUGCAGAGGCACAAGCAGCUGCACACGGGGGAGAAGCCGUUCAAGUGCGACUUGUGCAGCAGCUCGUUCGCCGAGCUCGGCGGCCUCAACAGGCACAUGCGCAUCCACACGGGGGAGCGGCCGUACGCCUGCGGCGUCUGCGGCGCGUCCUUCUCGGCGACGAACCAACUGAAGCGCCACCUACACCGGCAGCACGUCGAAAACCCGCCUUAAAAGUCCGAACCGGGUCAGAGCUCGGCACCCUCGGCAAUCUUUAGUUUCGUGCGCGACGUCCCGCGUCCUAAUGCCGGACACUCCUUCGCGGGCUACGGAGACUCGGUAGCUUCUAGCUGAGCGAGCCGACCCGUUUGGACCUGUCGACGUAACAGUUGUGAGCUCGUCAGAUUCCUUCGUAAGAUAGCGGAGUCGUGCAGGUGUGUGUUCGGAGCCUCUGUUCUGUAAGAGUUAGUGCUUGUUGCUUUAACACUCAUGUCUGCAACUUGUCUAAUUGCGAUCCUUGUUCUUUGCUGUUAAUAUUCGUUUUGUACUUGUGAAUUUCUGUGGCCUCUUGUCCGUCCUGACACAGUAAUGCUCGGAUCUCGAUAAAACUGUGGGACUCGAGAAAUGAAUUUGGUUCUGUCCUAGGCCUAGUGCACCUUCAGCUAUUGCUGAUUUAUCCGUGUUGCCCAAACAACAGUUGCUGUUAUGUUCUUUAAGUACGGUGUUAAAUUCUUCUGUUAGGAGUCCUUUUGCACACCUGAUUGCCUGUGCCAGAGGUUUUAUAUACUCCUACCACGAUGAGUGGUGGGCUUAUUCAGAAAGGAAAUUUUUCAGGAGAUACAAAAAACUGUUUUACUGCACAGUGGGUUUAAAUAUGGUGUUGUCGAGUUUCUGUGUAGCAGGUGGUCCCAGGGUGAAACAGUAUACAUAAUUACAAUACACUUUAGCCACCAAUGUGAUCAGUAAUCCAGUUUAAAUGUAUGGGAGAUGACCUUUUUUCGAACCUGUUGAUGCUGGUUAGGCAAGUAGCAUUUUUGCAGCAGGAAGGUUGUGUUAUAGGUUAUAUUAUUCAUCUUCAUUGUAGCAAUAAAAGAGUGUACUAUGAGCAUAAAGGUUAAUUCAUAAUGUACCCAAUAUACAACCACAAACAAAAUAAAGCAGGACGGACAAUGGUGGGUAUGCUUCAUCUUUA